UAAAAACUUUCAAAAACUCGUACUAAAUUGGUAACCAUGGUAACAUGCAGCAUAACGCGGAAGUCACGGUUUACAGUUAGAACCCGGUUAGGACUGUUUAUUUUGCGGUCUGUCGAAUUGAACAAAUAUACCACAUAGAGCCGUCUUGUGUCAUUUCAUCAACUUCCCAAUCCGUGACGUCUUUUCACAUCUCAAAAGUUGGCACAGCGGUAUUUCCUGACAACCAUCUGCCAGCUGGGGGAAGCUGUCACGGAUGUCUGGAGAAGGCCCUCAUCAGAUCUGCUACGUUUUCCCCAAUGGGGACAGAUAUGAAGGGGAGAGCAGCAGAUCUGAAUCUGGAGCGAUGGUGAGGAGUGGUACUGGCAAACACACCUCAGCCUGCGGCAUCAUAUACACUGGGGAGUGGAGCGAGGACAAAAUGCACGGCAGAGGCAUCCUGCAGCAUCCCUCUGGAGCCAGAUAUGAAGGAGAAUUCAAAGACAACAUGUUCGACGGCGCGGGAACGUACACUUUCCCAGACAGCACCGUGUAUAGAGGUCACUUUCACGAGAACAGGUUGGACGGAGACGGGGCCUUCGUUAACACGCAGGGAGUGGUUUGGACGGGCGAGUUCCACGUCAAGGCAGCGCUCGGUCUGAAAAUGCAGCUCAACCUUUAGGCGUUACAUGGUUUUUGAUGUAUUUAAUCCUGCUCUAAACCAUGCACGUGUACGUAUUAGUGGGUAAAUAUCUGCUCAAUCUGUGAGUCAUGUCUGGUGCUCAGAGGUAUUAUCUUAGCUCUGUCUCCUGCUGUGGUGGUCGAAGAGCUUCGGCACAGAAGCCGCCUCUUUCUGGAAGCGUCAUUUCACCUACAAAAGAUGACACUGAGUUUAUUUUUUUCUGUGAAUACUCAUCGCACUUAGUCCCAAAAUACAUCCAGGGAUAUUAGGAUUUCAAAUAAUUAACUUGUAUCUGAAGCAUUAAACAUGUCUCACUCCUC